AUGCAGCACGUUGAUCUUGUCCACGAGGUUCUCGGAGCCGAGAACAAUGAACAACAGCAACCUACAUCCAAUUUAGGCGUCUCAAUGCCACAAAAGACUCAACAAGCGCAAGGUCUCAAUAUCACUUCGGAAGAACUACGAAAAUUCAUUGCAUCUCCACCAUCAGCGCGUGACUCGAACAACAUGCUUAGAUUGGAGAUUUUGGGGCCACAGAACAACAAGCAGGAGAAUGAGGAUGAGGAGGAAAAAGAUGAACUUGACAAAGGAGAACAUGAAGAGGAGGAGAGAGUGGUAUCACCAUCCAUUUGGGAAGCAGCCAAGCAGGGCAAUGUGGCGUUGGUGCGUCAAGUGAUUGAAGAUCAAGGAAAGGAAAUUGUGAAUACCCGUGAUCCAGAAACCGAGACGACGCUUUUGUACACCACCGUUGCACAUGUAAGACAACCUGAGAGCAUGCUACGCUUACUUGUCGAGAAUGGAGCUGAGCCUGAUGCACCAAGCGUAUAUGGUAUUCGUGCCCUACACGCACUUCCUAUCCAUUGUGCACGCCCACUUCCUUCUAUGCAACUCUUACUUGACCAUCAUGCUGAUAUCAAUGCCAGAGAUGGGGAUAAUUGGACACCGCUUCAUUAUGCAGCUCGUUUUUGCAAGGAGCCUGAUACAAUUGUACGUCAAUUGGUAUCUCGUGGUGCUAAUGUAAAUGCAGUGGAUGCGAACGGCAAAAGUCCUCUCUUUGCACUCCUUGCGAAUGGUGAUCAUGCAUCCACACUUGGCUGGUUGAUUCAUUCGGCUAAAGCGGAUGUUACUAUCAAGGGCGAGUUUUUGUUAUUUAGACCAACACCUGGUACCAUUCUCCUGCAAACAGCAAAAUACGCACGUCUUGAAUGCAUGAAAUUGCUUGUACAGUCCCCAGCAGCGAUGGAUCAAUUACGUACAGCUAUUACAUGCCACGAACUUAACCUUGCUACAGUCAUGUUGCGAAAGCGUCUUGAAAAGCAAGAUCCAUCUUCAGCUGUACAAACCGACGAGCUGCUUGAAAUUGUUGAGGAACUUCGACGUACGCUUGAAGAAGAUGCAAACUCUACCGUUGCCUAUGAAAUCUACAUGGAACGCACAGGGCGACAAGCUGCUGGAACCUUACCACGUAGAAGAACAACCUUGCUUGGCACAAUCAAACGCUCUGCAUCCAAAAAGACAAUGAUGUCUCAAUCAUCAUCAGCAUCAUCGGCUGAUCAUAGAGACUCUGAUACUUGUUCUAAAUCAGGAAUAGAAAGAAAGCCAACGUUAAUGAGGCGUGUCUUUAGUGUCAUGUCCCGCCAACAAAAAGAGCACCAUGAUAAUACACAAUGA